AUGAUUUUCCUUUCAGAAUUCAGUGUGGAGUUGAUUGGCAAUGCCACCUAUCAAAGCAGUCGAGUGUCUGUAUUCCAUGACGGCCAAUGGAAAUCAGUAUGCAGCGAUAACUGGGAUUGGAGAACUGCACAGGUGGCAUGCAGGCAAGCGGGCUACUUUGGAACAUCGUAUCACCUAGAUCAAGAUGCAUUCAGUGAUUUUCAUCCAAUGGUUUUCACUGGGCAUGACAUUGCAUGUGAUGGGUCAGAAUAUCACUUGUAUUACUGUUCAGCUGACUGGGAUAGUCCUACAUGCACAUCAAACAAGGUAGCAUCUGUUACAUGUGCAGACUCCUAUGAAGACCUCUUACAAGAUGGGGACUUAAGGAUGACCAAUGGUACCUCAUCUAAAGACGGUCAAAUUGAGAUGUUUAAUGAAGGUUUUUGGAGACCUGUUUGUGGGGAUGAAUGGGGCUGGGAAGAAGCUACAGUGGCCUGUCGUCAAUUGGGGUAUCUAGGAGCUAUUUCUGCAUAUACAGCGAUAAGCUAUGACGAUGAGACUGAAUUCAUUUGGUCAGGGUUAGAUUGUGAAGGAGGAGAAUACAGACUACAAGAAUGUUAUAUACCAAGUAUUGGACGGGAAUUAACCUCACAUUGUCAAUACAUCGGUGGUGCUCACUGUGCUCUUUCACAAUCUCUUAUCCAUGAGAAUGGCGCUGUUCAAUUCAUUUCUGAUGGAGGUGCCAACAGUGGUGCCAUAGCCGUCUUUUACCGUGGAGUGUGGGGUAAAAUCUGUCCGGAUGACUGGAUAUGGUCCCUGGCAAAUAUGGCAUGUUUUCAGCUGGGAUAUUAUGGUGCCAUUGAGUCUACUAGUGCUGUGCCUGAUACAGAUGAUGGAAUCGCCUUUCAUAUGCAUUCCCUACAAUGUGAUGAAUUUGAAGGGUACAUCACAUCCUGUGAUUUAGAACAUUCCUGGGAGGAAGAUGAAGUAGAAUGUAAUUCUGAUGACGGCCUUGCUGCAGGUGUAGUCUGUACCCAUCAGUAUCAGGAUGUACCUUAUGAUGGUAAAUCCAGGUUGGUUGACGGCCCUGACGUUGGUCAUGUAGAGGUAUUCUUUGAUGAUUCUUGGGGAUUGGUUUGUGGUGAAUCCUGGUCUUAUGAUAAUGCAAGAGUAGUUUGCAUCAAUCUAGGGUAUCGUGGAGUUCUUGAUGCCUCAUCAAUCCAGCGGAGUGACUCCCUCUCUCGUGAAGUAGUGUUGAGUGAUGUUGAUUGUAAUGGUUGGGAAUUCCUCUUGACAGACUGCUAUUCAUCCUUCCUCGAUAUUUCACACUGCCAAUCAUUGGCUUAUACAGAAUGUACUAUGGCCUCUGAUGAAAUUAACAUGCAGGAAGAACUUGAGAUUCGACUAUCUGAUGGAGAGGUACCUCAUGAAGGUCGAGUGGAGGUGUUCAUCCUUGGACGAUGGGCUUCCAUAUGCUCUGAUUAUUGGUCUGAUAAUGAAGCUGAAGUAGUUUGCACACAGCUUGGAUACACAGAUGGAGUAUACACUGCUGUGUAUGGUGGAUACUAUGGAUCCUCACCCAACGGUCAGAUAAAAGGCUAUCCCAUCUGUAACGGUUGGGAGUCAACCCUAAAUGACUGCUAUCUAUUCCCUGCAUACGGUGGACAGUGCUAUAACUCUGAUGUUGGUGUCAACUGUGACUCCGAUGAUCCAGAGAGAAUGUUCACGAUCAUCAUAGUGGUAGCAGUUGUUGUAGUAGUCCUAGCCAUUUGCUCGAUAUCAUGUAUUGGUUACUGGUGUUGCUGCAAGAAAACAGCAGCUACUGUGCCUGUUGGAGCAGUACAUGCUAUGGUAGAGAUUCCUCAGUCUCUCCCUCCUGUGAUGACCAACACCGUUCCUACAGAGCUACCCAGCCUUCAAUACAGCACAUUGCCUCCUAUGGAGGAUAUUGCACUGCCCCCAGGUCAAGCCCCCAAACCUCCACCAGUUGUGUAUGUGCCCCCACCCAGUCACUAA